AUGACUUCCGCCAACAAGAACAUCUUGACUCCGUACAUCAAGUCGUUGUUCAUGGAGCCUCCCAACUUGACUCCGGCAGAUUUGGCAACGGUGUUGCGAUGCAUCUUCAAGAACAUACCCAGCGAUAUCCAAUCAGCUGCGUUCUUGACAGCCCUCAGAAUGAGAGGCUUGGACCAAGAGUCAGAGUACAUCUCAGCAGCAGUACAUACUGUGUUGGAAUUUUCCAACGUAAUUCCUCCAGAAUUGGUGGAUUCGCAGGGCUAUAUCGACAUUGUAGGAACAGGAGGUGAUGGCCAGAACACUUUCAACGUCUCAACUUCAGCUGCUAUCGUCGCUGCCGGUAUGGGGUUGCCCAUUUGCAAGCACGGCGGUAAAGCUUCAACGUCUACUUCAGGUUCUGGUGACUUGCUUCGCUCGUUAGGCGUCAAUUUGAUGAAUGUCAAUGAGGUGACCACUCCUGAAAUCGUCAAGAGAUCCAACUUCUGUUUCCUCUUCGCUCCAGCAUUCCAUCCGGGUAUGGGCAAAGUCGCAAAUAUCAGAUCACACUUGGGGAUCCCCACUAUCUUUAACAUCUUGGGUCCGUUGAUCAAUCCGAUCCCACUCAGAGCAAGAAUCUUAGGUGUGUACAGCGAGAAGCUCGGAGAAGCCUACGCACAGGCAGCAGCCAUACUAGCCAAAGAAAACAAGGCUCACAAGAGAACUAUGGUCGUUUACGGUGACAUUGGGCUCGACGAGAUUUCACCUAUAGGAACCACCAAGUUCUGGAUGAUUGAAGAAGAUGGUAGUAUCACCAAAGGAGUCUUACUGCCACGUGACUUUAACUUGCCGGAACAUCCAUUGAAGUUUGUCAAAUCAGGCACUCCCACGGAAAACGCCGAAAUACUAUCGCAUAUCUUACGUCAAGACAGUGACCUCUACAAAGUAUCUGCACGCAUGAACCAUCCCCUUGUAGACUACAUUCUCAUGAACAGUGCUGCUGUAGCUGUUGUUGCUGGCAUUGCCCAGACUUGGGCGGAAGGUGUGGAGUUGGCCAAGGACUCCAUUCUCAGCGGUGCUGCAUUGUUGGCAUUGGAGAAUUUCAAGUCAGCUGUUGACGACUUGUCUGUUUAA